UCAGAUUCGAAUCAAAUUUAUCAACAAAUCAACACGGGCUCAGAAAAUUUUAUUAAUUUAACUUAAAUCUGUCUUAUUCUUACACAAGAUUGAUAAAUUUUUAAGCCUUGAAGACUAUCAGAAAUUUUUCUAUAUUGUGGUAAUCAGCUAAUUUUCAACAAAUUCCUAUGAAAAUGGCUGCAAACAAGGCGAAUGAAUCGCUGGAGAUUGCAUUAGAAAAAUUCUCCAAAAAUAUUCGCGAAGUUGGAUCGCAAGCCAUUUGGAGUUUGUCCUCUUGCAAACCAGGAUUCGGUGUUGACCAACUACGCGACGAUUGCGUUGAUACCUACUGGCAGUCAGACGGGCAGCUGCCUCAUCUUGUCAACGUCCAAUUCAGAAAGAAAACAACCGUCCAGGACAUUUGCAUCUACACCGAUUACAAACUGGACGAAAGCUACACGCCCAGUCGAAUUUCAAUCAGAGCAGGCACACAUUUCAACGAUUUACAGGAAAUCGAAGUGGUGGAAUUGACGGAGCCAAGUGGGUGGAUUGUGAUUCCGAUCAAAGACAUUCAUGACAACCCUCUUCGCACCUUCAUGGUCCAAAUUGCAGUAAUUACCAAUCACCAGAAUGGCAGAGACACGCACAUGCGUCAGAUAAAAAUUCAUUCGCCGGCAGAGAAAAGAGCCAUCACUCUUGAUCUAGGCCACCUGACCACCGUUGAGUGUCGCCAAUUUAGCUACUUAAGAUGAAUCGGAAUUGAGAAGUGGUAAAAUUAUCCAGUUCGGUAUUAUUUGGAGCUGAAUAGACAAACAGUGGAAAGAAGGUUAGAGCUUUUCAGAUUUUAAAUAAAAAGAAUAGUUGAAAGAGGAGUCACUUGGUGGCAUAAAUUGAACUCAAUGGAGAAAACAACUUUCUGAGUCUCUUGUCCUGUUGUCCAGUGAAAAAAAUUACGCUUUUUUUCUAAACAAAGACACACAAUUGAUAAGUGUAAACGUUUUCGUCAGAAUAGAAAAUUAGCCCUCUCAACUUUUUUUAGGGGAAUUCCCACACUCUCGUUUAGUUUCAUUUUGCAAAUAUGCUGAAAAAUGCUUCGAUUUCAAGUACCAUAUGAAGAUAUGAAUUAGGAUUAAGAAGGGUUAAAUACAAAAAUUUUGCUCUUUUUCCAAACUAAUUGCUGUUAAAAUAGAGCCUUGUUGCUUUUUAUUGUAUAAAUUAAUGCAUGACUGUGAUCUGUAAUGUAAGAUGUAAGUUAAAUAAUGUUAAUUGAAAUUUUGUAAUAAAUCUAAGGAAAAUAA